AUGGCGGACGGAGCCUCACAGUUUCCUCAAGUGGGCGUGACUUCGUGACAGCUAUUGAAUGUUUCUUAGGUUAAAGCGCCAAAUUUGAAGUCUCCGCCAUUUUGGAUUUUGGAAGAAGGUAAAAAGCGAAGAGCCAGUAUAUACGAUAACGGAGAGGACGACGAGGAUGGCACCGGGCACCAAGGGCGACCCGCUUGAUGUUACCACGUGUUUAUCAAGCCCUGAAGGUGAUGCCAUCAAAGUUUUUGUGAGGAUUCGGCCUCCUGUAGAAGGAAGUCUUGUUGGAGGUGAUGGGGACCAGGGACUGUGUCUCUCUGUGCUGACUCCGAACACGAUCCGCCUGCACUCUAAACCUGAGCCGAAAAUUUUUACCUUUGAUCAUGUGGCGAAUAUGGAUGCAACUCAGGAAUCUGUGUUCUCAAGCGUGGCAAAGAACAUUGUGGAGUCUUGUAUGAAUGGCUACAACGGCACCAUCUUCGCCUAUGGCCAGACAGGUUCAGGGAAGACCUUUACAAUGCUAGGGCCAUCUGAUUCUGACAACUUUACACACAACCUCAGAGGUGUUAUUCCUCGAAGUUUUGAAUACCUGUUUUUCCUGAUCAAUCGGGAAAAAGAAAAGGCUGGAGAUGGGAAAAGCUUUUUGUGUAAAUGCUCUUUUAUUGAAAUCUACAAUGAGCAGAUAUUUGACCUUCUGGAGUCUGCAUCAGCAGGCCUUUGUCUCAGGGAGCAUAUUAAGAAGGGGGUCUUUGUUGUGGGAGCCGUGGAGCAGGUGGUCACCUCUGCAGCGGAGGCAUAUCAGGUUCUUUCAACUGGAUGGCGGAACAGGCGUGUGGCCUCAACUUCAAUGAACAGGGAGUCGUCACGAUCGCAUGCUGUAUUCACAGUCACCAUUGAAUCAAUGGAAAAGAUCAAUGAAAUAGUUAAUAUUAGAUCUUCACAACUGAAUCUUGUAGAUCUUGCAGGAUCCGAGAGGCAAAAAGACACACAUACGGAUGGAGUCAGACUUAAGGAAGCUGGUAGCAUAAACAGGUCGCUGAGCUGCCUGGGUCAGGUGAUAAUGGCUUUGGUAGAUGUGGCCAAUGGAAGGCAAAGGCAUAUCUGUUACAGAGACUCCAAGCUUACGUUCUUGCUGCGGGACUCUCUUGGAGGAAAUGCAAAAACCUUUAUUAUUGCUAAUGUUCAUCCUGGGUCCAAGAGUUUUGGGGAGACCUUGUCUACUCUUCAGUUCGCACAGAGAGCAAAGCUCAUUAAGAACAAGGCUGUAGUUAAUGAAGACACCCAGGGGAAUGUGAGUCAGCUGCAAGCAGAGGUGAAGAAACUGAAGGAACAGCUUUCUCAGCUCCUUUCCGGACAGAUGCCACAGGAUAUUUCAAUUGCCAGGGCACCUUCUACCGAUGAAAACUCUGCAGACUAUAUGAAUAACUUUUUAGAAGCCAUGAUGCUCCUGGAGAAAUCAGAUUCUGAAAAGAAGGCGCUGAUACAGAAGGUGGCUCGGCUUGAAGAUCUGUGCAACAAAAAGGAGAAGUUCAUCCAGUCCAACAAAAUGAUUGUAAAAUUCAGAGAAGAUCACAUUGCUCGACUCGAGAAGACCCACAAAGAGGGUCGAAAUUCAUUUUCAAAUGAUGAACAUGAUGACCUCAUAGCAGAAAUAAAGGAAGAGCUGCUUGUUUUAAAGGAACAGAUUGAGCACCACCCCCGAGUAGCAAAGUAUGCUCUAGAAAAUCAUAGCCUCAGGGAGGAGAUUAAAAGUCUGAAGUCUCUUCAGUCUGUAAAACGGGCUCAAGAGAUUAACAAUCAGAUGAUUGCAGAUCUUGAGCGAGUUUUCCUGGAAGCUUCUUCAGCUAUCAAGGACACAGGAGUUCGACCUCUGCACUCAACACCAAUAUCUUCAGAUAAUAGUUUGGCUUCUACUGAAAAGUUGAAGGAGAAAUUGUUGGAACUUCAAAGUGAGCUGGCCACCGCCAAACAAGAAUAUGAAGAAUUCAAAGAGCUGACAAAGAAGAAGCAAGUUGAGCUCGAGUCAGAACUGCAGUCUUUAUACAAGACCAACAACCAUCUUGAAAAUAUUUUGGAAGCAAUCCAAUCUCAUAAGAGAAAUGAAGUGUCCCAGCUGAACAAGAUGCACGUAGAGACGAUAAAGAACAUGACGACUCCCACAAGGGCUUACAAUUUGAGGUCUCGACUUGUGCCGCGUCUGAGCCAAGAUAAUUUGCAGGACGACUUGAUGAAUACACCCAAGUCAAGGGGCGAUCUGGACAAUAUUAUGAAUGAACCUAUCCCUCCGGAGAUGAGUGAGCAAGCCUAUGAAGCUAUUGCAGAAGAACUACGACUGGUGCAGGAUCAAGUUAUAACUUUACAAGCCAAGCUGGAUGAAGAAGAGAGUAAGAACAUGAAGCUCCAGCAACAGAUAAAUAAGAUCGAACAUCAUUCAGCACAGAUACAAGAGCUCUUCACUUCAGAAAGGGCCACAUGGAACACAAAGCAGCAGGAGCUUCUUGACCAAAUUCAUGUUUUUCAAAAGCAACAGCAAGACUUUAAAAGCAGUGAGGAUGUGUUAAAGAGCGAGGUCCAUGACCUGCGGGUGGUUCUUCAGUCUGCAGACCGCGAGCUCCGUGCAGUGAAGGUGGAAUACAGUUUGUUCAAAGAAAAGCAAGAGAAAGAAAUGAGCCAAUUGUCUGACCGACACAUUAAUGUUCAGCUGCAACUGGAUAAUGUCAGGCUGGAACAUGAGACAUUGUUGGAGGAGAAGCGAUCCAUCCAAGAUGCUUAUGAUAACCUAGAGGAAGUGAUGAAAUUUGAGACCGACCAACUGAAGCAGGAGCUUUCUGACAGCAAACGGGAGAAUGAAACGCUCAAGGCUGAACUUAGCAAUCUUCUGGAGCUUUUAGAAACUGAAAAGGAGCACAGACAAAACCUGAAGUGCCAGCUGGAGGAGGAUAAGGAGAACAAGACAAAGGAACUUGUGAAGUUUCUAGAGGAGAAUGUGAAUCUGAAGAAGCAGUGUUCUGACCUUGUGACAAAGUGUGAACUGCAGGUUGCCGAGCUUCAAUCACUAGAACACGGUUUAAACUCUUCCCGAGAAACUAUCCAUGAACUGGAGAGAAAAUGGUCUUCUGAUAAGGAAAUAAUGACCGACCUUAUGAACCAAAUUCAAGGACUGCGAGCAACAAUCAUGCACAAAACGGAGUCUAUAGAUGUUCUUACACAGGAGCUGGAAGACGUAAAUGGCAAAUACAGUUCUGCACUACACGCUAAAGAAGAAAGCAAAUCGCUUUUCGAAAAGCAAGAAAAAGCAAUUGAGGAGCUGAAGGAGAGCUUGGAAAGGAAGAAGUCUGCUGAUAACAUUGAGAGGGAGCUUUUAUGUGAUGACUUGAUUCAUUCAACUGAGCAGCUUGGCAAGUUAACCGAGGCCUUUCACAAGCAGGAGGCUUUGCUUAAAGACCAAAAAGAACAACUGCUGAAAAAGGAACAGAUAAUUGUAGAACUUACUAACCAGUUAAAACAAGAGAAUGAAAUGGGAGAGACCGAAGAUGAUGGAAAGCCACCCAACAGCAACAGGAGUCCUCCAGCCUUGAUUCUCCGGACUCCUAAAACCCCAAUGGGAAACCAGUUUGAGUCUGAGCUGACACAUCUUUCAAAUAAAAAUUCAAUAUUGGAACAGCUUGUGUCCGAGCUAAACGAGGAGCGAAUGACCAAGAAUGAAGAAAUAAUCAGACUCAAGACCCAGUUGUGUGAAACCGAAAAUCUGCGUCUUGAAAUUCAGAACCUGCAGGGACAGUGCACGGAUUUACAGCUUCAGCUGGAGAAUAGUAAAAAAGGAGACACUAUUAGCAACGAGAAUAAAAGAUCUGACAUGCUAGAGCUAAAGAAAGAUAUUGAAAAGGAAGUUUCUGAACGAAUGGAAAAGGGCAAGACAACGGAGCAACUUCUAAAGGUGCAGAAAGAGCUAGAAGAGGUAAGGACCAUGCUGCAAAAUAAAGAACAAUCAAUCACAGAUUUGAACAGGGAAAUAGAACGGACACGAGCUUUGGAGGUUAAAGCCUUCCAGGAGAAAGAAGAAAUACGUUCACUAUUAGAGGCAAAAAAUGAGGAGACUGAGAAGAAGUUGCAGGAGUCAGAAUUAUUAAGAAGGCAGAUUGCUUCUCUUGUGGAAGAAAAUGGGAAGCUUCUUGGACACCAGAAUCCACAACAGAAAAUCCAGUAUCUAGUGAAACUUAAGAGGGACAACAACAAACUUGUGGAGGAAGUAAAUCUGUUGCGAGCUGAAAUUCUUUUGCUCAAAGAACACUGUGUGGACAUAUCUUGAAAGGAGAUUUUUCAGUGGUGGAAAGGUGUACACAUGCUCUAUAGUAACCAGCCAGGUCCUAUAGAAGUUUAGAGAUAGAUCCAUGUUUGUUCAGUCUACGCUGUGAGGGUAUGGCCACGUGGUGUAAAUUCUGCAGAUUUUCGGUAUUUUACCAUACCAGGUAAGUGGAUGAAACUGAAACAAAUCUCAUCCACAACCUUUGUGAAAAAUCUGCAUCAUAAAUUGACCUGUUGUGCGAACAGAAGUCUAGAGCAUGUCAACUUAUCUUGCAGAUAAUCCACCCUUUGGAAUGCACGGAGUCAAAUCUACAGCGGUGGUUUUUAUGCCCAAAAUCUGCUGCGUGGCCGUACCCUGACUUCACAGAUUUCAAACUCAGUUUCUACUAUAUUCUUGCGAUAAGAAAGGGCAAGCCGCCUCAAAUAUAGAUCAUUUUGAUCAGUGUAACUUGAGAUGAAUAUUCUUUUCAACUUUUUGUGCAAGUUUUCCCUGUUCUGGAUUUUAGAGUAAGGUUGGUGUGUUGGUAGCCUAUUUGUUUGCCAUUUAUAGUGAAUGAAGAUAGAUGAGCACGGGGUAUACAUUUCUGUAAAGAAAAAUUAUUUCUAUAAUUUAAAGAGAACUUCUCAUCAACUUUAUGCUGCUCUUAGGGGGGGAUAAAGUAGUGACAAACUCCCUUAUUUCAGCGGUCUGUCAGUCAUGAGCUAAUAAGUACCUGCCAAGAACCAGCAGUAUAUUCUUCACAGGCCAGGCCUGGCCUAGCGUCAGUUAUUCAAGAUCAUUGGCAGAAAAUGGAGAUAGCUGUCAAUCAUCAGCAGGUGGGCGGGGAGAGCAGGAGCCCUUAAAUAACCAUGACUCUUCUCAGGCAGCCAUGACUUUUUUCCAGGCUGCAAUGAUUAUACUGCUGGUUCUGGGUUAACCACUUAAUAUUAGCUCAUGAGUGCCACUUAGAGCAGCAUAAAGUUGAUGAGAUUUCCUUUUUAAAAUCUCGAAUAAUGUGUACAUAUUAUUUUUUUUCCCUUCAAAAGUUCAAGUUGCAUUUGGAGCCCCCAAAUCUCUGUCCCCUCCCAGAAGGAUAAAUGUAGGUGAUAAUCUGGGAGACUGAUCCAAACUAAGCUAAAUCUGGCUCCUAUUGAGGUCUAUAGGAGCAGCAUAGAACUGUUCACAGAUCAGA